AUGAGAAGCAUGAAGGUGAAUGGGAUUGCUGUAGCCACCGCCGUGGUAGCCUGCAGCUGGUUGAGCUUCCUAGCUCCCACCUCCAACGCCCAAAACUUCGACUUCUUCUACUUGGUCAUGCAAUGGCCUCCGGCGUUCUGCAACCAACCCGGUGCCCGUUGCAAGCCCAGGAUUCCUCGGACGUUCACCAUUCAUGGGAUGUGGCCCCAGACCAACAGCGGUGGCAGCCCUCAAGACUGCCCUGGCGCAGUCCCGGACGUCCGAAGAAGCGGACAAGUGGACGAAGCUACGCUGGGGUUAAUGGACAGGCAGUGGCCGAACCUGAAACGUGUGCGGAGAGGAAAUGGCAACAGUCAAUUCUGGACUUACGAGUGGAACAAGCACGGCACCUGCUCCGGUUGGUCACUGCAGAGCUACUUCCGGGCCACAGUGGACAGGGCAUCCGGCGUCGACCUGCUGCGGGAGCUGCGAAGCAACGGCAUCCAGCCCGACAACCAGUUGUACGCGCGCAACAGAUUUCGGAACGCUUUGGGCCGUUACAGUGCCGUCAUCAGCUGCAACAACGUCAGGAGAAGGCGCACCAUCAGCAAGCAGAUCCAUGAGAUUUGGCUGUGCGUCCACAAAGAUGGCUCCCGCAUCUUCCCCUGCGCCCGUGGAACUCGCUUCAGAAACUGCGGCGGGGGAGCCAUCGUCUUCUCCUCUUGA